AUGGCAAGAACAAAAGGAAAUAAUACUGAGAGACCAACCACUUCUAAGCAACCAAGAAAAUAUUAUGCACCUAAAUCUGCUUCUAAAAAAGCAGCUGUUUCUUCAAAGAAAGCAGUUGCUGGAGUUUCACAAAAGAAACCUGUAGCAAGACAUUCUCAUCCAGGAAUUAAAGCUUUACAAGAAAUUAAAUUUUAUCAACGUUCAACAGAACUUUUAUUGAGAAAAUUACCAUUCCAACAUUUAGUUAGAGAAAUUGCUCAACAAUCAAAAUCAGAUUUAAGGUUCCAGUCUGCUGCUAUUGCUGCUCUUCAAGAAGCUGCUGAAGCUUAUCUUGUUGGUCUUUUUGAAGAUACUAAUUUAUGUUCACUUCAUGCUAAAAGAGUUACUAUUAUGCCAAAAGAUAUGCAACUAGCCCGUAGAAUUAGAGGUGAACGACAAUAA